GAACGGGCGCCGCCAACACCCAAACACAGUGCGGCAAAACAGGCGAGCGGCGCUCAGCUCAGCACCGUCUCUAAUGAACGACUGCGCGGGGAGAAACAUGAGUCACGACUGAGGUCCGCACGAUGUCUUUUAAGAAGGAAACACCCCUGGCUAAUGCUGUGUUUUGGGCAGCGAGGAAGGGGAACUUGGCUCUGCUUCAGCUGCUGCUCAACAGCGGGCGCGUGGAUGCAGACUGCAGAGACAGUUAUGGAACGACAGCGCUGAUGGUGGCGUCGUACAGUGGCCAUUAUGAGUGUGUCAAAGAACUCAUCAUGCAAGGAGCCGACAUCAACUACCAGAGAGAGACAGGCUCUACUGCCCUUUUCUUCGCCUCCCAGCAGGGACACCAUGACGUCGUGAAGCUCCUCUUUGAAUUCGGUGCCUCCACUGAAUUCCAGACAAAGGAUGGUGGCACAGCUCUUACUGUCGCCUCUCAGUAUGGACACUCCAGGGUGGUCGACACCCUGCUGAAGAAUGGAGCCAAUGUUCACGACCAGCUGAAUGACGGUGCCACCCCUCUGUUCCUUGCUGCCCAGGAGGGUCAUGUGACUGUGAUUCGCCAGCUGCUCUCGUCUGGUGGCAAGGUUAACCAAGGGAGGGAGGAUGGCACUGCCCCCCUGUGGAUGGCAGCUCAGAUGGGUCACAGUGAUGUGGUGAAGGUGCUCCUCUUACGUGGUGCAGAUCGAGAUGCUGACAGACAAGAUGGAUCAACAGCAUUAUUCAAAGCGGCUUUAAAGGGACACAACAGCGUCAUUGAGGAGCUCCUCAAGUUUUCUCCUUCACUUGGUCUUCUCAAGAAUGGCUCCACUGCCCUUCAUGCUGCUGUUAUGGGUGGAAAUCUGCGAGCUGUUCUGCUGCUGCUCGGGGCAAACGCAGACCCCACCCUACCCAACAAGAAUAAUGAACUCCCUGCCGAUCUUACAAAGAGCGAUCGCAUCCUAAAAGUUUUACGACCAAAAAUCUCAAACGGAGACAGCUGCUGACAACCCAGACUCCUGCCUUCAUGCCUGCCUGUACCACACUAAUGUGAGGGGAAAAUUAAGCAACAAAACAGUGUCAAACCUACUCAACCACAACGUGUACUGUACAUGGUGCUUGCUUUUGAUUGCUGUCAUAUGUUGAAUAAACCUUGUCUAAAUACUGAGCAACACAAUUUACCACCAAAAUGCAUUUGUCUGCCACAUGCAUCAUCUCCUUUACGCUGGUGUUGUACAGCAAAUGCACAUAUUGUUGUUUAACCCCAGGGUGUUGUAAGAUU